AUGACACAAACUGCCGUAGUUCAAUUAGUCCAAAAGAUAUUAGAUGCACGUAUCACAUCAAUUGAAACGCAAUUGUUUGCGUUAGACAAACGAAUAACAGAAGAAGUAACACUUCUGAACUCUAAACUACUCAAUAUCCAAAACCUUCAGAGUUCCGCCCAACUCAACUCAACGUCGAAAAGCUUCCGCGACAGUUCGUUGUCAUCGGAAUGUAUCACGUCGACCCCCCGUUCAAAUUCUUCGGGUGUCGGAUCAUCCCCGCCCGAGACGGGCGACUCCCCAAGAGACCCGCGAAGUUCCCUCUCGCGAAAGAAAGUCGAGUUAAACACAACAAUCAAAGCUGAGAGUAAAUUACUUGAAGAAUCGCCCCGGAGAAAAGUCCUCCACGGGCCAAAGAAGUCUUCAGCAAAGACUAUGAAAGAUCCCCACACAACACGAAAAACUCUUGAAAUCGAGAAGGAGCCGCCCCUCAUCGAUGAGCCCGAAAAACUCCGAAGGACGUCGACGCUGACGUCGCAAAUCCGUCCGAAGGUGUGUACGAUGGACCGCGACUCCAUCGAAGUCGAAUUCAAACGAAAAAAGGCGGAACAAGAAAAGGAAGACGCAAAAAUCCCAUUUAACGAAAAAUUGUUUUUAACGAGGUCAAAAGUGUCGGACAUUUUAUAUAUCACGUGUCAGGAAAGUGAAGAACAAAGUAUAGUUUCGCAAUGGCUUCAAAACUAUGGCGCAAAAAGUCUUUUGGAAAAUUUCGACACAACUCAACCGAAAGGAAUCGUCGUGAUCACUAAACAAAAAGAAGAUCUCGAAAAGAUGUUGAAUAGAGUGAAUGACAUGUUUGUAGAUCCAGUGUGUGUCAUUGUGGGGAUUGGAGAGACUUCAGGUGUUGAUUUAAAGGUCAAUGUGAAUAAUGGAAAAGUGAUCGACAAUGACGGAAAGGUCGAAAAGAUUAUCAAAGCACUUGGUAAUUAA